AAACCGGCCUCUUCAUCAUUACGUUGUCUAAUGCACUUCUAAGGUGCAGCAAACAGCAUUAACUCAGCUGUAGAGUAAACAUGCAACGAGUGUAUCUAUACUCUCCAAUUCACAUAACUGAAUAUAGUAAAGUCUCCACUUCACUUGUGUGUGGCUUGGGUAGAUUGGAAUUGGAAAGUAUCUAUGAUUUUUUUUGUGUUUGUUUCUCUCUUUUGUUGGACUAUUCCUUGUUGGAUUCAUUUUAACUAUACUGGCACUGACUUUGGCUCUACCAUCAUCAUCAACUCUCCUACAACAGCCAGCACCAUCCACUGACAGCAUUGGUGGUAACUGAUGGUACUACAAAAACUACACUCGUUGAUGCAAAGGCAACCCAUAUUAUAUCGGCGCGAAGCAAAUAAUUCCGCUGGAGUAUCUCCGACAAUUUAGUCACCUGUAAAGGUUCCAACGUGCCACAUCGUAUAUGGUGGUUGGCUCUUGCUCUUCUUUGCGUUUAUUCGUUCCAAAAUUGUGUUGUGUUUUUUUUAUGUCUUUGUGUUUCUUCAAAAAUUCGUUAUCGUCCCUUUUUUUGGUCUACCAAAAAAUUUUUUGUAAUUUGGUUUAAAUAUUAAAAUUUAUUUUUAAAACCUUUUUUUGUUUUGGUUUUUGGUUAAUAACUUCCAUUUCGGGUGCUAUUUCAUAUAUAAUUUCAUCUCGAUUCCCUUAUAUUAAUUAACCGUUGUAAUACCGCAUAUAAUCACGAAAGUUAAAAGCGACGAUAAUAAAAUCGUUGGUGCGAGACCGACUCGACUCGAUAUUUUAAAUACCCAACCAACCGACCGAUCAACUGCAUUUAAGUGAAAUUUUUUAAUUCGAAAAAUGUAAAUUUUUUUUAUUAAAAAGAAAAUAUAUAAUAAAUUAAUAAAAUUAAUUUUUUCUUAUUACUUUUAUAGUCAUUUUAAAUCCGUUAAUUAAUUUUUUGGUUGUUUUUAAUUUUCUUUUUUAAUUCAUAAUUGGGUAGUAUUUUUUUGGUUCGUCUUAUCUUUUAAUUGUCUUCUGAGUUUUUCCUUCUUUGGUAUAAGGCAUUUUGUUCCUAUAACAACCCUAUAACAGUUGUUUUAUCCCAAAUUUGACUUCUUUUGUUUUAAAAAUUACAAAAAAAAAAAAAUUGUGUGCAAAGAACAGGUGUCAACAUUUCACCAAGCAAGGAUACAACCAAAAACCCAACUCUCCAAAACCGCCAAAAAAAAACCCUAAUUCAAACGAACCAACGAAUAUAAAAAAAUAAUAUACCCAAAUAAAAAAACUGUUUAUCACUUAAUCGGCGACGUGUGGAACGUGGGCGGAGAGUUUUCCCAUCACUAUUGAGCAAGAUUCCACAUUCUACAACUGCCAUUUUUAUUGGAUAUAAUUUAACAAGGUGCUGAAAAUUGCAUUCGCCACUAAAAAAGAAGACUGUCGUUACAUAUCUCAAUGCAGUGAUACCCUGAACGUCUACACACAUAAUGAGACGGCAGCAUACGUGGAUGACUACAAUGGCAAUAACAACGACGACGGCGUCCACCACGCAAACACAAACAACGAGGAGAAGAAGAACUAAUGCACAUCACAUCAGGAAUUGGCUACUUCAAAUUGUGGUAGUUUUUGCGGCGCUUAGUUUAACUACAGCACAAUGUCCAUGGCAAAGGGAACUCCUUGAAUUGCAAGCGACGUGCAUUUGCUCGUAUAAUCUGGGCAGAGAACUAUCAGUACAAUGUGAUCAGGUUGAAUUCCCACUUUUACUAGAUGCCUUAAAUAAAUAUGCUCGUGACAAGCCCAUCGACCUGCUUUAUGUGAACAAUUCAACGAUAGACGAACUACAAGAUGAAAUAUUUAUUAAUCUUCGCCUGCACAAUGUUCAGUUGAGCAGUUGUAAGAUAAAGCACAUCGAAGAUGGUACAUUCAAAGGUCAAGAGACCGUUCUCAAGAAUCUCAAUCUUCAGGAUAAUCUAUUGGAAGCAGUACCAAUUGGUGCACUAAAAACCCUAACCAUUUUAAAUCUAUUAGAUUUGUCAAAAAAUAGAAUAGCUUCAAUACCGGAUAAUGCAUUUGAUGGGCUAAGUAAGUUGUCGACAUUAAAGCUUAACGAUAAUAAUGUAAGCAUUCAAGCUGGAGCUUUUAUUGGGCUAGAGAAGAGUUUGAAAAAUUUAAAUCUCAAGGGUACACGACAGAGGCGUGUACCGGAAUCAAUUCGUGGCCUUAGAUCUUUGGCUUUCUUGGAUCUUUCUUUGAAUGGCAUCAAAGAGCUUCCAGGCGUCGGAGGUACUCGAACUUUUGAGGGUUUGGAUUCUUUGACAGCUCUCAAUUUGGAGAGAAAUUUGAUUCAAAAUUUGGGUGAGACUGCUUUUGCAGGAGUCAAAAAAACUCUCAGUUCGCUGAGUCUCCUUAACAAUCUAUUGGCUGAAUUCCCUGUGGGAGCAGUUCAUUCGUUGAGAGAGCUUCGAGUCCUCGAUAUUGGUUUCAAUUUGCUAACUGCACUCCCAGAAGGUGCUUUUCGUGGCAAUCCCAGUAUAACACUUUUAGCAUUGGAUGGCAAUCCAUUACCAACAGUGCCCGAAAAAGCAUUCUCCCACUUGAAUUCAACCCUCCGUGGCUUAUCCCUGGGUGGAAGGUUUCUGCAUUGUGAUUGUAAACUGCGAUGGGUUGCCGAAUGGAUAAGAAAUGGAGACCUUCAGGUCACAUCACGUGAAAGAAAUCCACAGUUUUGUGGAACUCCAAGUCGCUUCAGUGACCGCGGUUUCUAUUCCAUUCAACCAGAAGAGCUGACCUGUCCGGAAUCAGAGGUUGAUUUGAAUGGCCCUGUUGGAGUGGUUGACUCAUUGAUUCCACGCAUCAAGCCAACUAUUGCAACAGCUUCAACAACUUCUGCCGCACCUACAACUCUAUCUACAACUUCAAAAGCCCCUACAACCCCUUCAACAACAGUCACAACAACUACAGAAACUGUGACUGUCCGGAGGCCAUCAAGCACUCUUCCACCUCCAGUAGCUUCACCAUCCAUCUCCCCGUCAACCACAAAAGAGAUUCCUCCGCCACCAACUGCGGCAUCUAGUACAUCCACAGCCGGCACAACUACUUCAAUUAAGCCUCCCUCUUUGGCAACCACACAAUCAACCUCCACAACGUCAAAGACUCCCUCAAACAUGCAACAACAUCAAUCUACGUCUUCAUCCACCGGCACAGCACCGAUUGCUACUAAAAGCCAAGCACCACCCCCAUGGCGCCAACAGCAGCCAGGUGGACUUAGUGGCAAUGGUGGUGCUGCUGCUUCAUCAGCUGCUGGCAUACCACAUAAGCAACAACGGCCGCCACUUGUAUUGGGCUUCCCACCACAGCGAGGCACUCGCAUCGACGAUGCCAAUGAGGUGCAAGUGAAAAAUGCCUUCCGCCAGGAUAGCUCGGUCAUAAUUCAGUGGGAUUCCGAUACGGCCAACAUCCUUGGCUUCCGUGUGGUGUAUCGAUUGUUUGGCGAAAAGAGCUUCAAGCAAGGUCCCCCACUCGAGUCCAGCGAACGUGAAUUCAAGAUAAAAAAUGUCCCAUCACAGGAGUGCAUCAUCGUGUGUGUCAUAUCAUUGGAGGAGCUGCAUGUCACUCCAGAGACUGUGCCGUAUCAGCAGUGUCGUGAGGUGCGAACGGUUGCGUCGCAAACAUCGAACAUGGACAAGAUUACAAUAGCGGCCAGUGCAGCCAUCUGUGGGACAAUUAUCGUGGCGGUAAUUGUGUUCAUUGCGGCAAGCAGACGAUCAAGGAAACUACAAACUUCACAGCAAAAGAGCCCCCUGCCGAUGGGAGGUUUACCUGUUAAUUGUUGCGGACCAGCAGGCAGUCCAGGUCCAUUGGGAUCGAUGGCUACAUUGUCCGCAUUCAAUAAUCACAAGGAAUGGGAUCAAGUAUCAGCUUAUAGUAGCAGAUCAAUACCAAGACCUAGAAUUUAUCCAAUGGAUAAUCAGGAUGAUUUAAGAAGUCACUUUUCUGGUAUGCCAGGAAAAGUCAGUAAGGCAAGAUCCAUUGCCGAUGGCCAAUCGCAGCACAGCUUUUCUAACAAUUCACAUCGCGGAUAUCUGGGCACAGCAUUUCCUACAAAUUUAGUUAAUUCACGACCGGAAUUGCGGCAAUCACGUCAAUCAUUGGCAGCUGCAUCCGAACGUAUGUCGCGUGCCUCAUAUGCUGGCUCAAUUCAUGGUCCAACAAGUAUUGCGUCUAGUUCAAGACGGUCACGGCCGCGAUCUAGAUCACGAGAUCAUUUAAAUGGACCACAUAUUCACAGUCAUCGACCAGGAAGCCGAUACUCGACAGCUGGUUCGACACAUACACUAAACAACUAUUGUGACACAUCAGAUAAUUGGACUGAAAAUGAUAUGGAAAUUUAUAUGGCUAGAAAUCCGACAACACGCAAUGGAUUGGUGCCAUUAUGAGGGCGGGUUUUUUUGUCCUGAUAUUUCGAUGUUGUAUUAAAUUUGGAUGAGAUUUUCUGACGGUACGUUUCUCGGCCACGAUUACACGUUCGGCCAUAUAAGGAUUAUAAUCAGCAGCAGCAACAACAAAAUCAACAACAACAACAACAACAAGACCAACAACAACAACAGCAAUAUGAAGAACCUCAACGAUGGAGACAACGACAACAAGAAAGGUUUCAUCGUCGUCGCUUUCAUCACCAUCAUCAUCUUCAACAUCACCAACAUCAUCAACAAAAUCAACGACAUCAUCAUAUUCAUUCUCAUUCACCGUUGCCUGCUCGUUGUACAUCACCACCAGAUGUUGUACCACGUCCUGCAUCUUUUACUAUAAGUAAUAGUUCUACUACAAGUAGUACAACUAUUACAACAACAGGACAUCACACACCAUCACCACCACCACCACCACCCGUUGUCAUUGGUGCUGCUAAUAAUCUUUUAGGUGAGAUUGUGGUCGAGAAUUAUUUCGAUGAAUAUAAUAGACAGGAAAUCCGCCAUUCACGUGCGAUACAAUUAAAAAGAUUUGACUCUUCAACGAUAGAGCCUAAUCAAAGUAGUAGUAGUAUAAAUAAUAAUAAUAUUAGUUCUAGUAGUAGUAAUAAUCAUAAUAUAAACAAUAAUAAUAAUAAUAAUGAUAAUAAUAAUUUUUUGCAUUCCGGUACUAAUAAUAUAAAUAUAAAUAAUAAUUCUAAUGUCACUUAUGAUAGAUUAAGAAACCUCAAUACAACAAACUUCGAAACCGUUAACGAAAUUAGUAAAUCAGAUUUGAACGAAUUCAACGAUGACAGUUAUAUGUAAAUUUAUUAGUAACUUUAAGCAAAGCAAAAAAGGUGCAAUAUUAAUCUUUGUUAAUAAAUGAAAUUAUUUUUUUAAAGCUGCUUGAUAGUGCUCUUUUAAGGGUGGAUGCAUUAUUAAAUAAAGAUUUUAUUAAGAAAUAUUCAGAUUGUUU